AUGAACUACGAGAACCCCUUCAUCAUGCCCACAAGAUCCUUUGACUCAAGUCCCGACAACGACUCCCACAACCCGCAGCAAUUCAAGGACCUUGUAGAAUGCGCAGAACGAUACGACGCCGCUGGUUUGCACGCCUGUCACCAAUACAACGACAACAACGACGACAACGACAACAACGACGACAACGCUGGCGCAGCUAUCAGCUGCGCGUGGGGCCAGGCUAUUCUCCUGGAGGGAGGGAGGGAGAGAGGCUAUGCAGUCCGGGUAAACCUGCGUGCUGAUGCAUCAUCAUUACCACCAUCAUCAUCAUCAUCAUCAUCAUUACCACCAUCAUCAUCAUCAUCAUUACCACCACCAUCAUCAUCAUCAUCAUCAUCAUCAUCAUCAUCAUCAUCAUCAUCAUCAUCAUCAUCAUCAUCAUCAUCAUCAUCAUCAUCAUCAUCAUCAUCGUCAGCAUCAUCGUCAGCACCAACGUCAUCAUCAAUCUGUGAUGAUAGAUCCCCUCACGAACCUGUGGCCUCCCAAGACAUGUCAUGUGGUACAUUCAUGUACGGCAUUCGUACUGUCUCCCUGGCUGGCAUGUACAGAAAACUACGGGAAACAACAGCCGACGGGAGACAAUUAUUGACAUACAUACAGUUCGACGGACAUUUGUGCGAGGCUACGGACAAACAAACAGGCAGACACGCCAGCAAACACAAUUAA